AUGCAUCUCUCUCUUUUCAAACUUGCCCUGGUGGCAUUUUCCACUUCUCAGCUCGUGGCUGCUCAUACAGUCUUCACGACACUUUUUGUAAACGAUGUAUCGCAGGGCGAUGGAACAUGUGUUCGUAUGCCUUCGGAUCCCAGCACGGCUACAUUCCCUAUCAAUGAUUUGGAUAGCGAUUCUAUGGCUUGUGGAUUCAAUGGUACAAAGGGAGUCGAUCGAGUCUGUUCUGUUAAUCAGACGGCGAAAUUGAGUUUUUUGUUUAGAGAAUAUGCGGAUGGUUCGAAGGAGGGUGCAAUUGAUCCUAAUCAUAAGGGGCCUUGUGCUGUUUAUAUGAAACGGGUGGCUUCUGCUAUUAAUGAUACGGCUGUUGGUCCUGACUGGUUCAAAAUCUGGGACGAAGGCUACGACAACAAUACUAAAAAAUGGUGCACGGAAAAGCUCAUCCAAAACAACGGGUACCUUUCCGUCAAUAUCCCCAGCGAUCUAGCAGGCGGUUACUAUCUCGCGCGACCCGAACUUCUCGCCCUCCACCAGGCCGAUAAGACGCCCCCCAAUCCUCAGUUCUACGUCGGCUGUGCACAAAUCUAUCUAAAUUCCGCCGAAACAUCCGUCCCGAAAGCUACAGUAAGUAUCCCCGGAUACGUCAAUAUCAGCGACCCAUCCGUUCUCUACAACAUCUGGAACCCCCCACCAACACCAUACACCAUGCCCGGCCCAGCCCCCUACCAACCUGGUAUUUCCGUCACCGACAGCAUCACCGGUAAAAAGGCAGUCAAAUUCUCCGCAAAACAGACACAAAACGAAGGACUCCUCCCUCCAGACGCCGUGCUCACGAAUGCCAAUUGGUGGGGCGUCGAAGUCACUACUUACACGACCGAGCAGGGUUGUUGGAAUGCGAGCUCUGAUUGUUGGAAUCAGACGACCGUGUGUUAUGAUAGUGCGCCGCCGACAGGUGAUAAAGGAUGUAGGGAUUGGGAGACACAUUGUAAGGCGAUUCAGGAGGGGUGUCAGGAGGGGAAUUUUAAUGGACCGCCUGUGCUUGCGAAGAUGACGGGGACGACGGCGAUGGCGCCGACCAUGGUGGCUACGAUUGCUCCGGCGGUGGAACAGACGGGGGGUGUUUAUGCGGCGGGUUCGACGGUAGUUAGUGCGGGUAGCUUGAAGGUUAGUGUGGAUGGGAGUUGUGGGGGUGGGGAGGGUCAAACUUGUAGGGGGAGUUCUUUGGGUGAGUGUUGUAGUCAGGCUGGGUAUUGUGGUAGUAGUGGGGAUUAUUGCGGUACGGGAUGUCAGGGGAAUUUUGGGGUUUGUGGAUAA